AUGUCUCACCGUAAGUACGAGGCGCCCCGCCAUGGAUCUUUGGGAUUCUUGCCCCGCAAGAGGGCUGCCCGUCACCGCGGAAAGGUCAAGUCCUUCCCCAAGGACGACCCUAAGAAGCCGGUUCACUUGACUGCCACUAUGGGCUACAAGGCCGGUAUGACCCACAUCGUGCGUGACCUUGACCGUCCUGGUUCCAAGAUGCACAAGCGUGAGGUUGUCGAGGCUGUAUCGAUUAUCGAGACACCCCCUCUCAUUGUCGUUGGUGUUGUUGGAUACGUCGAGACUCCUCGUGGUCUCCGUACUCUUACCACCGUCUGGGCCAACCACCUCAGCGACGAGGUCAAGAGGAGAUUCUACAAGAACUGGUAUCGCUCGAAGAAAAAGGCGUUCACCCGCUACGCCAAGAAGGCUGCCGAGAAUGGUGGCAAGUCCACUCAACGCGAACUCGAGCGUAUCAAGAAAUACUGCACUGUUGUUCGUGUCCUUGCUCACACCCAGAUCCGCAAGACUGGCCUCAAGCAAAAGAAGGCACAUCUCAUGGAGAUUCAGGUCAACGGUGGAUCUAUCGCCGACAAGGUCGCCUUUGCUCACGGCCUGUUCGAAAAGCCUGUUGAGGUCUCGACUGUAUUCGAGCAAGACGAGGUCGUUGACGUUAUUGCUGUGACCAAGGGUCAUGGAUUCGAGGGUGUUACUGCCCGAUGGGGAACCAAGAAGCUGCCUCGCAAGACACACAAGGGUCUCCGUAAGGUCGCUUGUAUCGGAGCAUGGCAUCCUAGCAAGGUCAUGUUCUCUGUUGCUCGCGCUGGUCAAGAUGGAUACCACCACCGUACCGAGCUUAACAAGAAGAUCUACCGCAUCGGUCUCGGCUCAGAUGCUGCCAACGCACGCACCGAUUCCGACGCCACGGAUAAGAGCAUCACUCCUCUCGGUGGUUUCCCUCACUACGGUAUCGUUAAGAACGACUACCUCAUGCUUAAGGGCUCUAUUCCGGGUACCAAGAAGCGUGUCAUUACCAUUCGUAAGAGUCUGAUGGUCCACACCUCCCGUCGGGAUCUCGAAAAGGUGCAACUCAAGUUCAUCGAUACUUCUUCCAAAUUCGGCCACGGUGCCUUCCAGACCAAGGCGGAGAAGUCUGCAUUCUUGGGCACACUCAAGAAGAAGGACUGA